UAUGUCUGGCCACUUGUACAUGGUUUAAAAGUCUAGCCUGUAUUCCAGUCACUUCAGAGGGGCAUAUAUUUAGUUUGAGACUCAUGGGUACCAUGGCACGAGAGGGACAUAUUCUGCUCAUUGCAAUGCUGCUGACUGGAGUCUGCAAUGCAGACCCACAGAUUUUAUCAGUGACAACUGUGCAGCAAGAGCCAUACACAAUGAGCAAAGGCUCAACAUUAGAGGGUUACUGCGUAGACCUUUUGUCUGCACUCUCCAAAAAGCUGGGUUUUCUGUACAAUGUUCACCUGGUGAAAGAUGGAAAAUACGGCAAAAUUGAUGAGAGUGGCAGCUGGACUGGCAUGAUUGGAGAAAUUGUGAGAGGGGAAGCAGACUUAGCCAUUGCCCCACUUACUGUGACAGCUGCUCGUGAGGCAGCAGUGGACAUGUCUCAGCCCUUUAUGCAGACUGGCCUGAGUUUCAUCAUGAAGAAGGACUUUACUUCAGAUGAGCAGGACCACCUCAGCCUCUUAAAUCCCUUUUCCACUGAAAUAUGGGUUGGCAUUCUAAUUGCUUACCUUGUGACUUCCAUUUGUAUCUAUCUAGCGGCCAGGAUUAGCCCUUAUGAAUGGGACAAACCCCAAACAGAGGAGAAUCACUUCUCUUUGCUACACAGUUUCUGGUACGCUGCUGGAGCCUUAACACUUCAAGGUGCAGGUCCUCACCCCAAGGCUUUGUCAGGUCGUGUGAUUGCUGCCAUCUGGUGGUUGUUUUCAUUGGGGCUGCUGGCCUGCUACUUGGCUAACCUCAAUUCAUGGAUGCAGUCAGACAACAAACAGCGAUCUCUGACGAGUUUUGAGGACCUUGCAAACCAAGACAUCAUUGAGUACGGUACGGUUAAAGGUGGUUCAUCACAGGCCUUCUUUCAGAACUCCCAGACCCCCACUUAUCGAAAGAUAUAUGAGGAAAUGGAGAGGAAGCAGAGCUAUUCAAUGACAACGGAAGAAGGAAUCCGCCGGGCGCAGGAAGGGAGCUAUGCAUUCAUUGGAGAAGCUGUGUCCCUGGAUCUAGCCAUGGCUCGCUACUGUGACCUGCAGCGCUCUCCAGAGGUCAUUGCUAUGAGAGGGUACGGCAUUGCCGCACCCUUAGGCUCUCCCAUAGUGAAGAACUUGAGUGUGGCCAUUCUCCAGCUGAGUCAGUCAGGAGAGCUGGAUGACCUAUAUAAUAAAUGGUGGCACAACAGCUGUCCUGCAGAUGACGCCAAGGUCUUGUCUCUGAAGAUAACCAAUCUAAAGGGCAUCUUUUUGCUGCUGGCACUGGGUCUGACAGUGGGAGUCCUCCUGGCAUUGCUGGAACUUGGAGCCAAAUCACACACAGCUGCCAGUGCUGAGGAGAAAUCCUGCUGCUCGGUGUUGUCUUCUGAACUAAGUCAGCGAUUUGGAGGAAGUGGAGAGAAGAUGCCAGCGCAAACUUCUGAGAAAUGCAAAGCUUAAAUACUAUGUUUGAGAAUUUAACAUUCUCUCCACCAAACAUUUUUUUCUAGUACCACUUAUUGUAAUACUGAUACAUAAUGCCAGUAAGCAAUGGAAGUCUCACUUUUAAUGACAAUACUAUUAGUCUCACUUUGUUUUUUAGUAAAUGAUUGUUCAGGUAAUCAGUUUAUCCAAGCAUGCUACAUCUUUGUUCCUUUGUCUUCAUGCUCUUUUUGUGCUUACAGUCUAAAAUAAAAAUAGCAUAUCUACUGAUGCA